AUGGCUGACAAAGGUUUUCAUUCCGCAUUGACUGUCACGAACGUGAAGUCAUUGAUUCCUAUCACCCUUGACAUGGAAACUGCUCAGUAUCAUGAAUGGGCAACACUCUUUAAAGUUCUAGCCAGCGUCCACUCCGUCCUUGAUGAUGUAGCAGAGAAAGCUUGGAAACGAGUUGCUCAAAUAUUCCAAGAUAACAAGAAUACACGGGCGGCAUACCUUGAGAAGGAAUUCACCACCACAAAAAUGGCCGACUUCGGCUCCGUUAUGGCCUAUUAUAACAAACUGAAGUCGCUUGCAGAUCAACUAGCCAAUGUCGGGUCGCCGGUCUCCGAUCAACGAUUGGUUUUGCGCCUCCUUGCGGGUCUGCCGGAAGCAUAUGCCCACUUUGUUACAACUAUACAAUAG